CUCGGAGACGGAGCAGUCCAUCACCUCUCCAAUUUCACAACAUCCUUAGGACCUACCAAAAGGCUAGCCCACUGCAAAUCCAAUACCUGUAUUACCAACACUGAUGUCAAUCGUUUUCAAUUCUAGGAUUGCGGCUCUCUCUCGCACGCAUCCACUCGCAAAUGUGGGUGCCAGCUCUUUCUAAGAAGGCUUGUUGGGACGCUUUUGACUGGAACGUAGCGCAGGCGGCUGUUGUUUUUCUUCCUCAGUGGCUACUCCAUAGCGCAAAUUGGUUCAAGCGGCGCAUUGGUACGAGCCUGUGUCUUGAAUGGGUGGGAGGUGUCACAGGUCCAAGUGGGCUCCAACCAAACAUCAAUCCUGAGAGAGAGUCCGCCAAUGUAGAAUAGGCCACGCCCGCAAAGUUUUUCCCUCCUUCUGCGUCGAACACUACGCUAGUGCCGAGCUCUCUGGCGGGUCUCAUUUAAAGUGCACCAGCCUCACACCCAGCCAUGAAGCCACGUAAAUCCACUAGGCGGAAAGCCGAACCCGAAGAGGUGUUCUGCACACCAGCCCAGAGCUUCCCUGCGUCAGCAGACAGCCCGGAAUCCAAAUCCAGAGUCACUCGGGGUGCGGUGCGCCGGUUGAGCACUGGAAGUGGGGACGACGUGUUUCACACGCCUCCACAGAACCCCUCUCCCCUGCUCAGCAGCCCUCCUUCCAGGGGGGUAAAGCGGCUGCUCGAAGUGGACCUCAGAACCCCCUCCCCGAAGCGCACCAGGGGGGCCGCUGCAGCAGCGGAGAUCGACAUCAGGACCCCCCCAGAGCAGCUAGAAAGGGGCCACAAACGGAAACCGAGCCGAGCAAAGCCCACCAGAGGCAGAGCCGAAAGUGCUGACCAGGCUGACAACCUGGAGCGGUCUUUUGGGAGCCCAGUUUUUGCGCUGUCCAAUGGAGGGCUAACCGAUGUGCCGAGUCUGGAGACGCCCAAAGCCAGGGGCUCAGACUCCGGGAGGAUGAGCAGAGGCAGGGAAUCGAGCCGAGCAAUUCAAUUGCCUGCUAGCACCGUGACGACCGCCUCACCUCUGGCGGGCUCUGAGCGCGCUUCUCGUGGCAGAUCUCUUAUGGGGUCACCGGAUACAUCCCCAAACCCGCCCCUUAACCUCUACCCAGACCCUUCCCCAACCCUUAGGAAAACCCGGCGGUCAAGUGUUGCUUUAGUGGAUGGGCCCAGCCUGGAAGUCCUGGCAGAGACGAGAACUAGGCGCGGAGAAAGUGGCGUUCCUUCCUCUCCUGUCCGGUCACGCUCCCCUGUUAACGAGCUCCCUACCAGCCCCGCCGGUUUCAUGACCCCAGUUCAAAGCAGGGGGAAGAAGACCAACAAAUCACCUCCAACCGGGGGGGGAUCUGAUGAGGACGGCGCUGUCAUGUGCACCCCCCCACAGUCAGCGAAGGACUUUCAGACCCGCUUGGACCAGGUAGUGUCAGCGCGCGAGAGUUUGGGGGUUGCGGAAAGCUCCCCAACGUCUGAGGUUUUGGACUUAGCGGCGGGGAGAGUGGGUGGGAAUGUGGCAGAGGCGGGCGAGCCGGGAGCAGGGACGGGUAUGGGAGCGGAAGCAAUGCAAUCAGAGGAGGAGCUUGAGAUGCAGCGGCCAACGAUUCCAGACCGGUGGAGCCCACUUGAUCCAAUCUGCAUUGAAGCGGCCCGCUCUGCGAUGCACCCGUCCCUGGCCCCCACUCAGAUCAAAUGCCGAGACAAGGAACGGGCGCAGAUUCUGAGCUUUCUGACGACGAGCGUCCGAGAUCGGACGCCGGGAAGCAUGUACGUGUCCGGGCAGCCGGGAACUGGCAAGUCGCUGGCAGUCUCGGAGGCGCAGGGGAUGCUCAAGAAGUGGGCGGCGGAGGAAGGACUCCCAAUCCCGCACGUUGUUGCUAUCAACUGCAUGACUCUGCGAGACCCAAAGGAGGUCUACCAAAGGGUACUGCAAGAGAUCGAGGUCCUGACCGAGAAAGAGUCCCCUGCCCCCUCCGCCCGCGCCCCAAAGUGGGAACCCACUUCUAAACUGGCCGCCGCCUCCGCUCGGCUGCAAAGCGCCCUCUCCGGGGGGCCAAACCGCGGGGCCAAAAGCCCCCCUGAAAGCGGCAUGGUGGUCGUUAUUCUGGACGAGAUGGACCGGUUAGUCUCGCGGGAUCAGACGGUUCUGUAUGAGAUGUUCAAGCUGGCCACGGCGCCUGGCUCGCGGUGUCUGCUCGUCGGCAUCGCCAACGCCAUCGACCUGAUGGAACGCUUCCUCCCCAAUCUGCGCCUCAUGAACUGUUUCCCCGAGCAACUGUCGUUCCGGUCAUACGACAAGGAGCAGAUCAAGGAGAUUCUCAUCCAACGGCUGUCGCACCUCCCCUUCACUGUCUUCGACGGGAUCGCUCUCGAGCUUUGCGCCCGGAAAUUUGCGACAUCGUCCGGCGACCUGCGAAAGGCCCUCGGCGUGUGCCGCCUCGCGCUCUCGAUCGCGAUCGCCGAAGCGCAGCAAGCUCCCCGGGGCCCCGUAAUCGUCCCCCCGAGCACUCCCUCGCCCACAAAACGACCGCCCCUCGCUCCCACAAGGCCGCAGAAUUCGCCCAGCCCAAUAGGCCAACGGAAAACCCCGCAGAAGCUUGGACCAGAAAGCCCGGAGACCUUGGGAGAAGUGUUUGACGGCGAGAAAAGGUCUGACGAUGGAAGCGGAGUGAGCGGGAGCGAAGUGCGUUGGUUGAGGAACGAGAGCGGGGGGGAAGUUCCGGUAGAAAAAUGGACGGUCGGCUUUGGGCAUAUGGCGGAGGCGUUCGCGCAGACGUUUCCGGACACUGCGGUGCAGGCGAUCAAGAGCCUGCCGCAGCACCAUCAGAUGGUGUUGUGCGCGGCAGUCCUCCUCUUCCGGAAAAACAAGAAAGACGCCCUGCUGGGAGGCCUCCAGGCAGAGUACGGUCGGUUGUGCCAGAGGACCCUCCUCCGCCCGCUGACGUCACGAGAGUUCACCGACAGUUGUGACGUCUUGGCGGCGCAGGCGCUUCUAGUGAUCGGUCCCGCCAAGGAACAGAAGCACCGCCGCGUGACGAUGCGCGCCACGGACGAUGACGUCACCUUCGCGCUGCAGGGCAUCCGCUUCUUCCGCAACCUGCUGACGCCCGCAUGAUGACUCGUCGAUAUUCGAGCCUGCUGCAGUGCCUCGCUGCUGAAAGGCCCACUAUUUUCGGUUUGACCCGAAAGAAAACCAGCCUUGUUAUAAAGCAGGGUGAGAUUCGUAGCUAACGCUUCGAGCUAGUUUCUUGGAGCGAGUCCGGGUAAUCAGGCGGUUUGUAGAAGCAAGCCCAAAGCUUCGAACCUAAUCCCGGACGUACGAACGAGGCAGCCUGUGGGCUACCUUUCUACGAAACCCGGAAACCUGACACGAAAGAGCCGCCAAUUGCGGCCUCGGUUAGUCCGCGUUUUAGCAGACAAGGCAAUGACCCACAAAACCAUAGCAUGUGCCGUUAUGAUCAGUCGUUCUAGAUUAAUCUGCGCGUACUGAGAGGAGUAGUGAGGUUGCUGGCAAACGCUCGGCAUUCACUUGACCGUGACAGACGCAGUGAUCGCGGCCCAGGCUAGCUUGCUCGUCACUGGUAAAUCGGUCGCAAGUUUUUGACCGACCGUCUGGGGGGAC